AUGCGCGUAUCUGCUCUUGAAGAUAACCAAACCGGUGAAACUUUCUCUCAGCGUGCUGAAUGGUUUUACCAGAGACGUCCUCUCCUUCUUUCACUAUGUCAAGAUCUCUUUGACGGUUACGCCACUCUCUUGAACUGUUACAACCAAGCUAAACCACAAAACCCUAAACCUGUUUCUCAUGAAAAUGACUCUAAUGAUGAUACCGACAUAAGUUCUCAAGUCGAGAGCAUCUUGUCCUUUGAACAGACUCAAAUCACGGCUUGUGAUAAGCAGAAAGUUGACGAGUUAGUCUCGCAGCUCGUGACCGCAAACUUGGAAAGAGACAUGGCGCAGGACGAGUUGCUUCGCGGUGAGAAAAAGUUCAGAGAAGCUUCCAAGAUGAUCGAGUUGCUAAAGAAGCUUGUGAUGUGA